AUGGAUCUCGUGGAAGAAAUUCUGUGUAGGCUUCCAGUCAAGCUCCUCUUUCAACUUCGAUGCCAAAGUAAGUCCUUUAAUACUCUCAUUUCUAGUUUGGAAUUUGCUAGAAAACACCUUUCCAUGUCAAACAUGCACCACCACCACCUCAUCAUAACCUACUCACAUGAAUCAUACUCAAAAUCAAGGGUAUUCUCUUACCCACUUCACUCCAUUUUCUACCCACGUUACUCCAUUUUUAACUCCAUAGUUAAACCCACCGAAUUAGAAUAUCCUUUCGACAAAGAAAAAAUUGUUUACGGUGGCUCUUGCCAUGGAAUCCUUUGUUUAGCUAGGAAACAAGACUCUAGGGCUAAAGUAAAAGAUGUAAUCUUGUGGAACCCUGCCAUUAAAAAAUUCCAAUUAUCGCCUUCUUUCAAAUACCCUCCUAUAAGAGACAACUACGAGUAUAAUCCUAUAUUUGGCUUUGGAUAUGAUCAUAUAUUUAACCUUUACAAGGUGGUUGUUAUUUUUGAUUCUGUUGAUGGAAUUUCCAAAGCAGUAAUGGUUCAUACAUUGGGUACUAGCUCAUGGAGAUUGAUUAACGUGGAGUUCCCUCUUCCAAAUGCUCAUUACAGAUCGCUGCAAUUCGCGAGUGGGGCGCUUCAUUGGAUUCCAUAUAGGAAGGAUUAUACUCAUAGUGUUGAUUCUUUUGAUUUGGUGACCGAGUCGUAUAAAAGACUUUUGCAGCCUAACUAUGGAGUGGAAGAUGUGUAUAAAGUGAUCUUGGGUGUCUCAAGAAAUUGUUUGUGUAUCUUUGCAUGUAAAAAAACAUUUUUUGAUGCUUGGCUGAUGAAGGAGUACGGAAACGAAGGGUCUUGGACUAAAUUAUUUCGUGUUCCUUACAUGGAAGUCGAUCCUUUCACUAAUGCAAAAACCACCUACCCAUUAUGGAUUUCCGAGGAAGACCAAGUUCUAAUGGAAUAUACAUACGGAGGAUGUUUGGCCGUUUGUGAUUUCAAAAAUGGUACUUUUAAGUUUCCAAAGAUUCAAAACAUCGAUGGUCCUAAUGCAAUAUUCAAUUUGGGAAAGGACGAUAACGCUGAAGUUUACGUUGAGAGUUUGAUAUCGCCAUGUUUCUAA